AUGGCUGGCCGUGUGCUGUUGGUGUGUGCCCUCUGCGUGCUGUGCUGCUGCGGCGGCGGUGUUUACGCGUGGCACGACUACUGCAAUGAGAGAGACUGGAGCGACUUUAAUUCCUUCAUUUUACAGGCGAAAAAAACUGACGCAGACGUGGAUAAGUACUGCGGGCACAAUAAAACUUUUGUGCAGCUGAUUAAAGACAACCUCGCCAAAGCUGCAGCCAGUAAAUCCACGGAAACCAACUCUCAGGGAACAAAGGAAGUGAAAGGCAACGGCGCAGAAGGACCACAGCCAACAGCUGCAACGGGGGCUGAUGAACCAAACAGCAGUGCGAAGGAAACGGUAACACCGCCAGCUGCCAACGCCGCCACCAAAACAACGAAGGCGACGCAUGGCGACAGUGACGGCAGCACCGCGGCCUCGCACUGCACCUCCCCCCUUGCGCUGCUUAUGCUUCUUGCAUGUGGGGCGGCUGCUGCGACGGCGGCGGCGUGA